ACUCCAACUUCCGGCGUCACUGAAAUUAAAAGUCUGUUUCCUGUGUGCUAUAAUGAACUGCAUUCGUGCUGUUUCAGGAAAGAAAUUACUGUUUUCUGUCACUGUAUUAACAUUAGAAUCUGAUAUGUAAUACUCGUUUCGUAACUUGGUGCAUUUUGCUCCACUCCACCGGUCACUCUUCCCGCUACCAGGCUGUUGCUGCUCUAAGCUAACGCAAAGAUGGCGGAAGACGAGAAGAGUGGUGAGCCUGUAAAAGACAAAAACGAACUGCAAAUUAUGAAGGAGCUCGUGGAUGAUCUGUAUAAUUUCAGAGAUUGCUAUUUUGAGACUCACAGUGUGGAGGAAGCUGGGAGGAAACAAAGCGAUGUCGCGCAGGAGAUCGAAAAGACUCUGAAGAAGCUGGAGGAGAAAGAAGAUCAUUUUAAACACAAAGCAGAGUUUCUGCUGCAGAAGGGCAGGUGUCUGAACGUAGCUCCUGACUUCAGUGUCGUAGCAGAAGAGUGCCUUUCCCGUGCUGUGAAGCUGGAGCCUGGCUUGGUCGAGGGCUGGAACACAUUAGGGGAGCAGUACUGGAAAAAAGGAGACCUGAUCGGUGCCAAGAACUGCUUCACUGGAGCUUUGCAACAGAGCAAGAACAAAGUGUCUCUACGCAACCUGUCUAUGGUGCUGAGACAGCUGCCAGCAGCGGACAGCGACACCCAUGGCAAGCAGGUGCUGGAGAGUGUGGACAUGGCGCGACAAGCUGUCCAGCUGGAUGUCACAGACGGGACGUCCUGGUAUAUCCUGGGAAAUGCCUAUGUGUCCCUGUUUUUCACCUGCGGACAGAAUCCACAGUUGUCUCAACAAGCUCUAAGUGCCUAUGCACAAUCUGAGAAAGUGGACAGAGCGGCCUCCUGUUACCCAGAGCUGCAUUUCAACCGAUCCACUCUGUUCCAGUAUGAGGAGAUGUUCGGAUCUGCGCUUGGCGGCUACAGCCGAGCAGCAGCGCUGGACCCGGGCUGGGAGGAGCCUCCAGAGAGAGAGAAGCAGCUGCUGGAGUAUCUGAAGAAAGUCACAGAACUCAUACAGAACAAGGGGAAGGUGAAGGCGCGUCGGUUACGGACGAUGCUCUCUAACCUCAACACGUCGGCCUUGGGUCCCUGCUCCUCCCCUCAGUUCCGUUCCCCAACUGGCCGUGUAGGCAGCCUGGAGCCUCGAACUCUUUCCUCCCUCACACACGGUCACAAUGCCGGGGUGGCCGCCCUGGGCAAGGUGGUGUUCAGCCUGGCCUCUGAGGGUCGCAUGGCCUUUACAUUUGGCAUGGUGGAUAGCGAGGAGACAUGUAUAGUGGUGAUGGUAUACAACACAGCAGACAGCUGGGGCGUCCUGAUAGGAGACACCGUAGUCAUUCCUGAACCUCAGGUCAAACGAAACAGUAUAACACAUAAAGAUGAGUCGUUUGACUUCAGAAGUAUACGAGUGGACUCUCCUCUGCUCCUCAUUGUCAAUGGCAAGAAACAAAACAUCCAAAGUCAGAUUGCUGCGUCUGUCAGCUACAAGCCCCAGAGCGAAUGAGCUGAACAAGAAGUGAGAGGACCAAUGUGUUUGUCUGGAUUUUGAAGAAAAGUUUUGCAAAAUUAUGGAAGUGUGAAGUUUCCAAAGUUUGUGCCUGUUUUUUGUGUUGUUUUGUAAAUAGAGUUCACCCUGUUACUUUGUCUUUAGAGAGACAGUUUGUUUAUAUUUAUAAAUGUUUCUUUUUUUGUAUUCUGUUGUUCAUGUAGUUCUUUAGCAAAUGAAUGAACCUGUGAUGAUGAGGAUGUGAUGUCAGAAUUGUGACUUAAGUUUACCCUGAAAGAAAUUAUUUUUAUUGUAAACAUAUUGUUUGCGUGUUGUCUUAAAACAGCAAUUUUCAAAGUGGUCAUGGGGUCACCAUGGGUCCCCUCAAAAAUGGGGGCGUCUCCUUAUACUUCCAAUCAACAACCAACCAACUGGUCCAGUUUAAAAUCACAAAUCAAACAGUGUGCAUGACAGACCACCUACUGUUAUUCAUUCAGUAACAUGUGUACUGUAUCAGUAAAGAAAAAUGUAUGACUUGAUUUUUUUUUUUUUUUUUUUCAACUAGAAAAGUCAAUGUGUAUAGCAUUCUUUAUUUUUGUGGCCCAAAACAAGCCAUCCUGCUUAGGUUAACCCUUACCCCAACCCCCUGAACCUUUUAUACUUUUCAGAUAUUAAUCACAUGUGAAAAUACUGAAACGAACACAGUGGAGUCCGCCUGAUUACAUUAAUUCCUUAAAUCUGUUUUUGACAAGAAACAGGUGAAGCUUAUACUAUACUGUGCUAUUUUCUUUUCGCUAAAUCCGACACAAUCUGCAUUAACAGAGGAGACUGUAAGACGGUGCUAUGUGUAAACAAAUAGUUUAUGUUGUAUUUACACUUCAAGUACUUCAUAACACAAAUGUAUGCUUAGGUAGAGACCAGGACUCAAAGCUGAACAUUGGCAUUUCAGUCCUAGUUUGAGUACAAUAUUUGUUAUUAUUGGUCAAAAACACAUUUAUACUUAAAAAUUACAAUAAAUGCUACAAAAAAUGCACUCAGGAAAACACUGCCAACUAAACUAAUACUAAAACAACAGAACACUUUAACGUAUAUAAAUAAAUGUAGUUAAGUUAAAUGUGCUACAGUCACUAUGAAACCUGUUCCUGUCUCAGUGCUUCUUGACGAAGGUUCGGCCUCUCUCCCUGGCGGGGGAGCUGAACUGGAAGAAGCUCUUGGCUCCGUCAGCCUCCAGGCAGGAGAAGAAUCUGCUGUCCCCAUCGUAGCCCACGGAGAGGAACUGAGGGCUUCUCUGGGGAGUUGCCUGCCGAGCUACACCUGGGUGACACGCAGGGGGGUUGAUGGAUGUCUCAGUUGUUAAACUGAGGAAAAUUCCCUUACAUAGACAAUCAGCUCAUUACUCCUACUGUUCUGUCUUGAUGACCACUUCUUGACAAAACACCUACAGCUGUGUCUCCCUUUGAGCCGUUUAACAUUAUUCUCACUGUGCUUCCUUCCUAUUGUCAUUAAUCAGUGUGGGCACAACAUGACAACUGAUUUAAUAAAAGCAUUCAAUUCUCA